AUGGCAGCCGUCGGCGCGGUCCGCGCGGCGCCUCCCGGAAGUGCUCCCAGCGGGCGGGCCGUAGAGGCCGCUUCCGGGUCCGGCGCGGCGCCGCCGUUGCCACGACGACCGGGCGGGCGGCGGCCGGGCUCCCGGCGUGCAGCGCGGCGGCGGGCUCAUGGCGCCGGGGCCGCUGCCGCUGCUGCUGCUGGCGCUCUGCGCGCUGGCGGGUCCGGCUCGGCCCGGGCCGGCGGGCGACGGGGGGUGUCCGGCUGUGCCCGCAGGCGGCGGGACGGGCCGGCGGCGGCGGAGGAGGAGCGCUGCACCGUGGAGCGCCGGGCCGACCUCACCUACGCCGAGUUCGUGCGGCACUACGCCUUCUUCAGGCCCGUCAUCCUGCAGGGGCUCACAGACAACUCGAAGUUCCGGGCCCUGUGCUCCCGCGAACGGCUGUUGGCCUCCUUUGGGGAGAGAGUGGUGCGGUUGAGCACUGCCAACACCUACUCUUACCGGAAAGUGGACCUGCCCUUCCAGGAGUACGUGGAGCAGCUGCUGCACCCCCAGGACCCCGCCUCCCUGGGCAACGACACCCUGUAUUUUUUCGGGGACAACAACUUCACUGAGUGGGCAUCACUCUUUCGGCACUACUCCCCACCCCCGUUUGGUCUGCUGGAUACCACUCCUGCUUACAGCUUUGGAAUCGCAGGAGCUGGCUCUGGGGUACCCUUCCACUGGCACGGACCUGGCUAUUCGGAGGUGAUCUACGGCCGCAAGCGCUGGUUCCUCUACCCACCUGAGAAGACACCCGAGUUCCACCCCAACAAGACCACACUGGCCUGGCUCCGGGAUACGUACCCAGCUCUGGCGCCCCACGCACGGCCCCUGGAGUGUACUGUCCAGGCUGGUGAGGUGCUGUACUUCCCUGACCGCUGGUGGCACGCCACACUCAACUUAGACACCAGUGUCUUCAUCUCUACCUUCCUUGGCUAGCCAGAACCAGCUGCAGGCAGGCCUGUGUCACACACCAGUACAUGCCCACCUAGUGCUCACAGAUUUUAUUACAGAGACAGUGAUAGCAGCAGUGGCCUGAGCCCAACCCACUCUCACCUGUUUUCCAGCCUGGACGGGGGACAGGGGAGGCUUGUGGCCCAGCAAGAGCUGUGCUGAGAGGGGAGCAGUCCAGAGCCCAACAGCAGAACUGAUGGGCUGCAGGCCCAAGGACACAAACUAUGUACAGGGGCUGGGGGCUUCUGCCCCAGGGCCCUCCUGCGCCAGGACCCCAGGCAAGGUGCAGUGGGGGGCGAGGGGGCUUCAGUAGUCCUCCACCCAGCCGUUCUCAGAGAUGAAUGCGUCAAUGACCUCCUUCAUGGCCAGGUUGGGGAUGAGCUGUUCCUGGGUCAGGGGGCUCCGGGUCACAGGGUCAAAGUGGCCCACGCGCUGUGGUAACAAGGUCAGAGGACACUGAGUGGGCCCAAGAGCCAUGCUGCUGGCCCUGUGCCUGAUGGUCUGUGGGUGCUCACCUGCAGGUGCUCCUCGAUGUCCUUUCGGUCAUAGGUGAUGCCACUUGGAGUGAUGCAUGGCUCCCGCAUCAGCUCGAAGCUGAUCUUACCACACAGGUAGUCAGGGAUGUCUCGCUUCUGUGCCACAUGGGGAUAGGGUCAAGGGCCAGGAAGGGGACACUGCUCCAGCACCUGCUACCCAGACUUCAGGGAACAGACACUCACCUUUCUCUUCUCGUCCACCUGAGAGAAGAGCUCAUCCAUGUCCGCCAUGUAUUUGUCCUGCAGAGAGUUGAGCACUACGCUUAGACCAGACACCCCUCUCCCACGGGCACGCACAGACUCACCACGCAGCACGGCCACCCUCACGUCAUGUGCACACAUGCCCACAGACCCGUGCGUGAGCCAGGGCACCCUUACAUGCUUGGCUUCGAUGCAGGCCUGCUGAGCCCGGACAUGGCCUUCAUCCUCGUCACCCUCAUGGUUCCGCUGACACUCUUCCAGCUCCCUGGGGGUUGACCGGAAACUAGUCAGAGAUAGACCUAGCAAGAUGUCAGACCCCACGUCAACCUCAGGGCAAAUGUUCAGGCCUCUCCCCUCCUGGUUUCCUGCUUGCCAUUGCUGGCCUUCAAUAAACAUUUGUAUUGGUA